AUGGAGCACGUCCCAGCACGUCAGACGAUUGACAAUGACAUCAACGCGUACCAGAUCGUGAAAAUGGCAGGAACGGCGAGAUUGGCAACUUCACCUACAAAUGGAGAGACUGGGGGAGGCGGCCGAAAAAGGCCUGCCCAAACAGGCGAGGACGACGACGAAGGCGGGGACCGCCCCCUGACCCUCAACACCCUCCUUGCCGCCUUAAAGGAGAACCGUGAAGAGAUCGUUGCACAAGUCCGAGAAGACAUGGACAGCCUUGCAAACCGAGUGACGACAGUCGAGCAACAGGUCGACACCCAUGUCGGCAACACCACCAAGCUGCUGGAAGCAAUGACGGACAGGCACUGCGCCAUGGAACACAGCGUGCGACAAGUCGAUAGCAGGCAGGGGGAAAUCUUGCAACGGCUCGACCUCCUCGAGGGCAAGUUUGCCAAAGCGAAUUUUUCCCUUUCCAGCACAAGGACUUCGGACAGUGACGGGGGGAAUCCCCGACCAGCACUUGUAGUCGGGGGAUGGAGCGCAGACCAGCACCAUGAGGAGACGCUGCAGCUUGUAAAACAACACCUCCAGGAGCUGGAGGUAAAGCUCGACUUGGACAAAGCCUUUGUCCCUGGUCUCCGUCGAGGUUUUGCCCUCAUUCCCCUCACCAAGAUGGAGGGGGAGACCGACGAGGACCAACGGGCCCGUGUUCAGGACAUUCUCCGCACAGUACGAGCAGCAAAAAUUAUUACAGGCCAGCGACCUGAAGGGGGGAACCGCUACUUCUUCGCUGCCCUCAGCCAGAGUCCUGAGAGACGAAAGCGAGCACAACUCGCGGGGAAAGUCAAACGACUUAUCAUCGAAGAAGGCGGCGACGUGAGGAAGAUAGACGUUGAGUAUGGGACAGCCAACCUUUGGUACAACAGUGUGAAGAUCUCUUCGGGGGUCACCUCGGCACCGGAUGGAGCGACUACAGAAAAGGCCGGCUGGGUGCACUUGGGCACCCUCGCCCGCCAGAUUGGCAUCGCUGAGGAGACCGCCUCUGCGCGAUGGGACGAGCUCCGAAAGGCCCUCAAUUGA